UUCAAAAUACCUUAAACGGCUUUAAGAUUUUCACUGAACUACAGAACUAAGAAAUUCACCUGUUGUUAUUUUUGAAGGGACAAUGCAACCUGUUACCUUCGGAUCUUUUUAUCUCAUAGCAUUUUCAGUAAUUCUUAGUUUAAAAUCUCCUUUUUCCGCCGCAGUAGAGCCGCACAAAGAUAACUUUCACAAGCACGAGCAUUUCGGUGCAAACCAGGAACACGAUGUUCGCUACGAUCACGAAGCCUUCCUCGGACCCGAGGCGGAGGAAUUUGAUCAUUUAACUCCAGAAGAAUCCAAGAAAAGGUUACGAGUUAUUGUUGUAAAAAUGAUUGACACUAACAAGGAUGGUCUGGUUUCGGAAGAUGAACUUCGGGUGUGGAUAGAGAAACAGAGAAAGGCAUUUAUGUACGAAGACGUCGACAAAAGAAUCGCUAAAGAGGACAAAGAUGGAGACGGUGAGAUUUCUUGGGAAGAAUACAGAAAGUCGGAAUACGGAGAAUGGGAUAAUUAUGAUCUUCCGAAGGACCACAAUUUACGCCGUCAAAUACGAAAAAAAGAGUACAAAUUCAACAUCGCAGACGCAGACAAAAAUGGCAAAAUGAACAGAGACGAGUACGUGGAUUUUGAGCAUCCGGAAGAGAACAUAAACAUGCAAGAAAUUGCGUUGGAUGAAGUCAUCGAGGAUGUGGAUCAAAAUGAUGACGGCCUCAUCACCGUCGCUGAAUUUCUAGGCCAGUACCACGAGGAAAAAGAACCUCCAGCAUGGGUGGUGCGACAUCGGGCAGAAUUUCACUCAAGGUUCGACAAAAACAAAGACGGUAAAAUGGACCGUGAAGAAGCGAGAGAAUGGGUCUUUCCCGAAAAGAAUGAUUCCCAUGACGAAACACUUCAUCUGAUCGACGGAACAGACGAGAAUGCUGAUGGUUUCCUCUCUGUUGAUGAAAUCUUACUGCACUGGAAUCUGUUUGUUGGAAGUCUAGCCACUGAUCAUGGCAACACUUUGAGAAAAGUUAAACAUACGGAACUCUAGUUCGGUGAAAAAAGUUGAGUUUGGGUUACACUACAACAGAUAACAAACUUAAUAAAUAUAUGCUAGAAUCGAUUCGUCUCAGUAUUCUGUCAAAGCUAUCUUCGUUUUCUAUCAAACUAGCUUAUCUCUUUUAAUCUACAAAUUAAAAUUCUUGUAAUCAGCGAGGGCCUUAAAGUAUGAGAUCGCUAGUAAUCGCUGUAUAGCUAAGAUAUUAUCUUUCUAGACUAAUUUUUUGGUUGUUAAAGGAAGCGAUAACAAGCACAGUCAAAGUGGUUGUAAGAUGUUUGGUUAAUUACAUUCUGUUUUGAUAAUGCUGGAGCUUAACAUUUCCCAAUAAAAUGAAUGCUGAUGAUCUGUUUUACAAGGCGGCGAAAGUCAUGUUAGAGUGUUAACGUUUGUCCGAGAAAUAAAUUUCUUUUCUUUCCUGAAGUUUGUGACGGUAGCUGAUGUAAUUUAAUAUGGAUUACUUUUGCUUGAAAAACUGUAACAUGAGGUCUUCAUCAAUCUCCCUUUUAACAGAAAAAUAACAAUAAAAUGAAUGCUGAUGAUCUAUUU